AUCCCAGGAUUCUGGCAUAAUUUGAGAAGUUUCUGCUGGCCUCCACCAUUCUUGACCAAGGAGACCUCUGGGAGGCCAGUUAAGAACACAAAGCUGUUGGUGUGCCAAAAUGUACACUAAUAGAGAAUGAUAGUGUACUGGAAAGAUCUUCAUGUAGAGAGAUGAAAAAUUAAAGGAAUUUUUAUGCAUUCAUCAGAUAUUAAUUAUACAGCUGCUCUGUGUAAGUUGAUGAUCAUAGGGCCGAGAAACACAUAUGGAGAUGGCCACAGCUGGUACGGGGUGCCACCAAAAGGUGAAGAGAAGACUCAUAAGGAGCAGGGUAAUUGGAGGAAAUGGGAAAAGCAAAAAGUUUCAAGGCUCUACAUAGAUGGAGGAUUCUCUCAGAGGGAACCUGGAUUUAAGAGCAGCUUCCAGCAGUGGACUUUGCCCCGUGGCCUGUGGAAGGCAUCAGUGUUUGGUUUGAGGAAAAUUUCUCAGGUUCAACAGGAGAAUCUCCAGUGCUCUACAACUAUUAGCCUCCUCUUGUCCACCGUACUGCUUCCUCAGAUGUUUGCAUGGGGACCUUUUACCCAAGGCAUCUCCCAUUAUAUUAAUCACCAGGUGGGUAAGUUAGGAAUGCUUAUAGUUAAUACAUAUGUUUGUGUUUGUGUUUGUGUGUAUUUUACCUGCAGAAAGGACAAUCAUUCCUUAGCUUCCCCUACCAUCUUUAUAACACCGACCAGACUUUUGGACAAUUUCCUGAACUCCCAGGAGUACUUGUACCAGAAUAUGAAGACUCUUGUUCUAAAUGAAUGUGGUUUUUGA